AUGGCUAGUAGUCGUGCGGGUGGUAGUGGCGGGGGCGCUAGUGAUAGUGAUAGUGAUAGUGAUAGUGAGAAUGAAUUGGAUGUCGUUGUGGAAGGGGCGAUUGAUCGAUUGCUACGGCAGAGGCAGCAGCGGCGGCCGGCGGCGGUACCUCGGCCGAUCCAUCGGCGACAUCAUGUACCCCGGGACCACAUUGUUGCACAUAUUCGGUUGUAUCGGGACUACUUUGCUCCGCAGCGUUUUAGGAUGCAUCGUCCGCUGUUUAUGCAUAUCGUGAGUGCUUUAGAGAGAAGAUACGAGUAUUUCGGGAGGCGGGGAGGAUGCGGGUGGCAAACCCGGACAAACGCCCUUACGAAGUGCCUUUGCCGCAAUGUCGAGCGGCGGCAUACGGAGGCGCGACCGACAUGUUCGACAGUACCUCCACAUUGGCGAGGGAAGAACUGCCCCGCCGCCUGGAAGAGGAUGCACACUUCCGGCUUCAAAGCCAAGCAUCCCACGAUGAUCCUUGAAGCUACGAUCAAGCAUCCGAUCGGACAAAAGAAGUCCUACUUUGCGAGCCGUCAGGAGGCAGCGCGCAAGGAUGUUGAGCGGGCAUUUGGUGUGCUCCAGAGUCGAUGGGCGAUGGUGAAGGGUCCUUCACGGAUGUGGUAUAUUCCCAACAUCGGCGACAUCAUGUACGCAUGUAUCAUUUUGCACAACAUGAUUGUCAAAAGUGAAGGUGACGAACUGACUCAGUGGACCAACGAAGAUUAUACGGGUGCUGGUCCAAGCCACGGUGUGGCCAGCGCGAAUGUGAACAUGGGGGUACCUCAUGGAGAGGUUGAGCGGUUACGCGCAUUUGCCGACAUGCGGCAAAGAGAUGCAUAUAUUCGACUUCAGGAGGAUAUCAUCGAAGAGGUUUGGACGCGGAGGGAUGGACGUUGA